AUGUUUGGUGAGGGCGAGGAUGCUCUCAAACCCGCCGCCUCACAAGCCUCUGGAUCAUGGGAGCACGUCCCUGACAACCUCAGUAGCCUCAUUGUCGACCUUGAAGACCAGGGUCAAGAGCCCGACGGACAUUCUCCCAAGCCAUCAUCUGUCGCUGAUGAUACGCCGAUCGAUGCAGACGAUGAGUUCGACGGCGAUGCAGACCUCAGAGGCUUCAGAUUGAAAUGGUCCAAGAAGAGACGGACAGCGCAGGAACCUGUCGACAAAGAUAGUUUUGGAAAUGAUGGCUGUUUGUCUUCAUCACCUUCAUCAACACUCCCUGCAGUCAGCUCAAAUGUGGACGAUGCCUUGUCAUUGGCCUCGGCGAUGGCAGAUCGAAUUGUGGCCUCAAGUAUUGUUCUGCCUUGGGAGAGUGAGCUGAUGAGUCCAAUCUUUGGAAGUGUUGUCGAGGCUCAAGCGGACUUUAGUGUACUGAGGUGCGUUCGGAAUGCAGCGGACUUAGAUUUCUUGCAGGCCAGAGCAAAGACGAUGAAGUCAGCGCUGGCCAAGUUGCGCUGCGUUCUGGAGAUUGACUGGUCUGCGAGUGAAGUUGGUCGACAGUGCAUUGACGGUGGGGGCCAGCUUCGAUCUGACUGUGACGAUGUGAUCAAUUCCAUCAUUGGGACGAAGUCCCCUUCAACCAUUGUGAAGCGGUGCAAUGCAAUUUUUGCUUUCCAAAGAUGGCUGGCCAGCUUUAGUGAUGAACCGGCCUUCCCUUUGCAAGAAAGUUUGGUUUGGGAUUAUUUCGUGCAACUCAAAAAUGAGGGAGCGGCCCCCACCAGAGCAACUUCAUUUGUGCAAACCCUCAGAUUCUGUCUUCAUGUGCUGCAGGUCGACGGAGCGCAGGAGUGUGUGGCAAGUCGCAGACUGAUUGGCCAGUCGGAACUGCAGGCUGCGAUGAAGAGACCCACGCAACAAGCUCGGCCCUUGACCGUCGAGGAGGUGCAGAAGUUGUCCCGCAUCAUGUCUGAUGCAAAGCGGCCUCUUCAUGAACGAGUGAUCUGCAGCCAUUUAGUUCUGAUGGUGUAUACACGGAGCCGAAACAGUGACUUGGCGUUUGCGCACGAUAUCUCACAUGAUCACUCCGAGCGAGGGUCUCCGGAGAGUUUUGGUGGGUUCAUCCAGUUCACAACCAGGUACCACAAGGCGGCCAGAUCUGUCGAGGCGAAAUCGAUGCUCAUGCCAAUCAUUGCAUGUGGAGAGUCGGUAGGCCCUGAGCCUUGGCUGGACAUGUGGCUGACGCUGCGAAAGAAGUCGAAAUUGCCAACGUCUGGAAUCAUUGACGGAGCGGUCAUGCCGGCGCCUGACCUAGUGAAACCUGACCGUUGGGCAAAGAGGCAUUUGUCGUGCGCAGAGACAACAAAAAUUCUCAGGACAUUGCUAAACUGCAAUGACCAUGAUUUGAGGUCGCACUCGUUGAAGAGGACGGCUUUGAGCUGGGCAGCCAAGGCUGGUGUCAACAGAGAUCAUCGCAGAUUGCUGGGGCGCCAUGCUAGUGCCGUUCAGGACUCAGACAGCAUCUAUGCCACCGACCUGAUGGUUGAGCCGGUCAGGUCACUUGGGAAAGUCAUUCGGAUGAUCCGCAAUGAGGAGUUCUUUCCAGACAAAGGAAGAUCAGAUUUCUUUGCAGCAAGAUCAUCGGAUUUGUCAGGAGCACCGAUCUUCCAGCCAUCAACACCAGGAUUUCUGCGUGCUCCGCCUACACCUGCAGUCGUCACUGCAGAGCGCGAGGAGACAGGACCAGAUACAGAUGUCAAGCAGGAGGUCGUGCCUGCUGACCUCCCGAACGAAGGGAUCGACCUUGUUUCAUCAAGCUCGGAGACUUCCACCGCAGGUGAUGAUUUUGCCGAGACAAGUCAGGAAAGUGAACACGCAUCCGAUCCCGUUCUGUAUGAGGAACUUCAUUCAGAAGAAGGUGGUGUCCACGCCUGGGUUCAGAACAAGAAAUCCAGAGUCAUCCAUGCGGUAGCCGAUGCAGCCGACAGAGUGUCAGAUUCAGAAGCCGGGAACUUAGAGUUGUUUCAGCGACUCCGUGCGCCUUUGCAGCUCACCUCCAAUCCGGUCCAGACACUGGAUAAGGGAUCUAAGCUUCUAGCUAUCAUACCUGGAGCCGUUCUUGAUCCGCGGGGGGAGGACGACCCGCCUCCAGCUGUUUUGUCGCUGGGUGACAAUAGUGAGGAUAGCGCAACUCAGCUAUGGGGCAUCCCUUGGGCGCCAGAGGAGUUCUUCGAGGAAGCCGUGAAAGCAGGGCACUCCUUGGCCAUGGGAAGCUUUCUUCCAAAGAGAUUGGAGGUCAUGAUUGAUCAACAGUCAUUCAUGAGUGCAGAACAGCGCAACCGCAUGAGGCUUGAGAAGUUGGCGUUUUUCUUGAAGAGGGCACAUCAGCUACGUUCUCAGGAAGCCGACUUCAAACAGACCUUGCACCCCGACGUGAGGAAGAUCCUCAAGUCGAAACGCAUCCUGCUUUGGCAAGAAAUGCUACAAUCCAUAAACUAUGAGGAUAUGGGUGUAGUGACAGAAUUCUACACUGGCACUCAGCUUGUUGGAGAAGCCGAACGAACAUCCCUUUGGCCUUUCAAAUUUACUCCGGCAUCUAUGACACCGCAUGAUCUGUCCCAGGUGUCGGAAAGCCAGAGACCUCUCAUCACCUAUGAGGCAUUCAGCUUCAUGGACCAAGAUGUGAUUAGUUCGGUGUGGGAGCAAACCUUGGCUGAGCGCGAUGCUGGUGAGAUUCAAGGGCCGUUUGAUAUCACAGAGAUACAGCCUAGUUACCCGCUUAGCAAGAGAUUCGGCGUGAGACAGUCAAACAAGAUCAGAUGUGUUGAUGACUUCAGUCAAUCUUCUGUGAACGCGUGUGCACAAACUAGCGAGUCGCCAAAACCCCAUACAGUGGAUGUAUUGUGCAGCAUGUGCCUUGCAGUCAUGACCAAGUUGACCAGAAGUGAACCCUGGCUUGUUAGGAGUUUCGACUUGAAGCGGGCAUACCGCCAGUGUGCUGUGGACCCGGACCAGCACUGUUACAGCUACAUCGCUGUCGCCGACCCAAGCUCCCGUUCAGUCAAAUGCUUCAAGAUGUUGGCGUUGCCAUUUGGCAGCGUCAGAUCGGUGCAUGCUUUUCUCAGGAUUGCCCACAGUUUGUGGGCGAUCUUGGUCUCUGUUUUUGGCGUGUGCAUUUCAAACUAUUUCGAUGAUUUUAUUGCAUUGGCAGAACGACCUGAAGCCGAGUCAGUUACAUCCGCUGUGACAAUGACAUUCAAGAUGCUUGGAUGGGACUUUGCAGAGACGGGUGACAAAGCUCCCCCAUUUGGGAGCCUAGUCACCGCCCUUGGAGUUCAGCUCGACGUCGCUUGCAUGCACAGUGGUCGUGUUUUGAUCGACAACACUAAAAGUCGUAAGACGGAGUUGAUCCAUGUGCUUGAACAGGUCCUGGAACACGGUACUCUCAACAGACAAGACGCUUUGAGGCUGAGAGGCCGCCUACAAUUCGCGUCAGGACAAAUUUAUGGGCGCAUAGCAAAGAAAGCACUUGCGAUUAUCACUCAACAUGCCUAUGGUAAUGGUGGAACAGAGCUGUCCCACGACUCGGUGCAUGCCCUACAACUUUUUGUGCGACUCCUACAGAUCGACGUGCCCCGAGAGAUUUCUGUUGCACAGCAGGCUCUGUUUCUCCUGUUUACGGAUGCCUCGUAUGAACAGAAAGAUGGCUCCCCCAUAGCUGGCUUAGGAGCUGUACUGGCUGACCAGUAUGGAAAGAAGCUAAGUUUCUUCUCGACGACACUGACAUCAGCACAGCUAGAGAAGGUGAACCCCGCUGGACGCAAGACAGUGAUCUUUGAAUGUGAGCGCCAUGCCGUCGAGGCGCCUGUCGUCUCCAUGUUGAUGGCCGAGACAGCCGAUGAAGGAGAACGACUUGUCAAGCGGCCAAGGUUCAAGACCGAACACGAGCAAAGCCGCAGCGCGAAGAUGGGAGCUCAGCUCUCCACCCCUCGUGAUGCCGCGUUUGUGGCACCAAAGCCAGUGCUUCGAUGUGUCCAGAGCAAUGGCCUGGCCCAGACGAUUCAGGCCCCUCAGGCUCCUCACGCAUCUGAUCCAUCUGGUCUCGUGGCAGCUCACGCAUGGUUGCCUGCGGCCUCGGCACUUGCCUUGCUGGCAGCUGGCCGUAUGAAAAGCACCAAGGGCUCCAAGGGCAAGGCCCAGGUGCGCACGGUGCGCCACUAUGCCGACCAUGGGUCGCCGGAUGGAAUACCUUUGUCCCCAGAGCUUUACACCGAAGCUGGCUGGAAGGCAGUGCAAUCAGCCGUUGAGAAUGCCAGGCAGUUGCAAUCGCAGUUCAUCGAGACAGAGCACGUUUUCCUCUCCUUGCUGGAGGAGAAUGGCGUCGGUGAAAAGAUCUUCUCAAAGGCAGCUGUGCCCCAGUCCGAUCUCCGCAGCCACGUCCGCGCCUGGGCCGAGCGGCAACCGCGCCUGGUCACCGGAGCCGCUGGUUCCACGGGCGGCGCAACGGCGGGGUCGGCGGCCGGGCGGAGCUUGGUGGCGUUGCUGACGGAGGCGCAAGGGAUCUCGUCCCAGUGGGGUGACAAGUUUAUCUCCGUGGAUGCCUUGCUCCUUGCUCUGGCCAGAGACCAGCGCUGUGGGCAGAAGCUCAUGAAGGACUUUGGACUCGAGGAGGAGAAGUUGAAAGAAGCCAUCCAAGCGGUGAGGGGGAAAGGUCCUGUGACCUCUCAAACUGCAGAGUCCAGCUAUGAAGCGCUCAGCACCUACGGCAGCGAUUUGACCCAACUGGCCCGCGAUGGCAAGCUGGAUCCGGUGAUCGGACGCGACGAGGAGAUCCGACGGGUGGUGCAAAUCUUGGCGCGACGCUCCAAGAACAACCCCGUGAUCAUUGGGGAGCCGGGCGUUGGCAAGACAGCCAUCGUGGAGGGCCUAGCCCGUCGCAUCGUGGACGGGGAUGUGCCAGAGGCCUUGAAGGACAAACAGGUGAUCUCACUGGACAUCGGUGCUAUGGUGGCAGGGGCCAAAUACCGCGGUGAAUUCGAGGAGCGCUUGAAGGCAGUUCUCAAGGAGAUCAAGGAGUCAGAGGGGAAGGUCAUUACUUUCAUUGAUGAGAUGCACUUAAUCGUUGGUGCAGGUGCUAGUGGAGGUGCCAUGGAUGCCAGCAAUAUCUUGAAGCCUAUGUUGGCUCGUGGAGACCUUCGUUGUGUUGGUGCAACCACCUUGGAUGAGUACCGGCAACACAUCGAGAAAGAUGCGGCUCUCGAACGUCGCUUCCAGCAGGUCCUAGUGUCGGAGCCGAAUGAGGUGGACACCAUCAGUGUGCUGCGCGGCCUGAAGAGCCGCUACGAGCUGCACCAUGGCGUGCGCAUCAGCGACCGCGCGCUGGUGGCCGCGGCGGUGCUCAGCUCCAGAUACAUCACGGAUCGCUUCUUGCCGGACAAAGCCAUUGACCUCGUGGAUGAGGCUGCAGCCAUGGUCAAGAUGCAGGUAACUUCGAAACCCACCGACUUGGAGCGACUGGACCGUCGAAUUCUUCAACUCGAAAUGGAGCGCCUGAGUAUCGGUGAAGAAAAGGAUGGCCAAUCACAACAGCGUCUGGUGGAUCUUGAGCAGGAGCUCGAGGCCUUGAAAUCUGAGCAGGCAACCAGCGAAGCGAAAUGGACCAAGGAGCGCGAAGCCCUCACAGCAGUACAAGAUCUAAGGCAGCGCAUUGAAGACUUGGAAAGGGAGCUGGCGGAGGCCGAGCGGACCUACAACUUGGAACGGGCCGGGCAAAUCAAGUACGGUGAAUUGGCACCACUUAAGAAGCGCUUGGAGGAGAUGGAAAGCACAGAGAGCACAUACGAAGCAGUGACGGAGAGCGACAUUCAGCACAUCGUUUCGAUGCGCACAGGCAUCCCAGUGGAGAAGAUGUCCAUGGGAAUGAAGCAGCGCUUGCUGGGACUGGAAGAUGAACUCCACGCGCGAGUGGUGGGCCAGGACGCCGCGGUGCGUGCGUGCGCCGAAGCCGUCCAGCGCUCCCGGUUCGGCCUCAGUGAUCCCAAUCGCCCCAUCGCGUCCUUCCUCUUCUUGGGACCCACAGGCGUGGGCAAGACGGAGUUGGCCAAGACGCUGGCGAAUCAACUCUUUGACUCGGAGGAGGCCUUGAUCCGCGUGGACAUGAGCGAGUACAUGGAGAAGUUCGCCGUGUCGCGCCUCAUUGGCGCGCCUCCCGGCUACGUGGGCUAUGAGGAGGGUGGCCAGCUCACCGAGCCAGUGAGGCGUCGACCUUACAGCGUCAUCCUUUUUGAUGAGAUGGAGAAGGCUCAUCCAGACGUCUUCAACCUCCUGUUGCAGAUUCUGGAUGACGGCCGCUGCACAGACUCGCAGGGAAGGACUGUGGACUUCAAGAACACCGUCAUUGUCAUGACCUCGAAUGUGGGCAGCGAAGCUAUCUCCAUGCUGAAUGACGCUGAGAGCGUGGAGGCGGCCGUCAAGGCAGCCAUGAUGCAAAGCUUUCGGCCAGAGCUGCUGAAUCGAGUGGACGAGAAGAUCAUCUUUAAGCCCCUGGGAUCUGAGGAGUUGAAGGCCAUCGCCAGGCUUCAGCUUUUGCGCGUCCAAGAUCGCUUGGCCAGCAGGUCUGUAACUCUGGAGGUCACGGAUGCGGCGCUGGAGAUCAUUGCAAAGCGUGGCUACGAUCCCACCUUUGGGGCAAGGCCCAUCAAAAGGUCCAUCGUGGCCAACGUGGAGACGCCCUUGGCGCAGAAGGGCUUGGCAGGUGAGUUCCAGGAUGGAGAUACAGUGCGAAUAGAUGCUGAGCCAGGCUGUCGGAUAGCGACACCGACACCGACCAGAAGAACCGAAAAGGGCCUCAUGAUUCGGUCACAUCCCGACCGAACAGGCAAAAGCAGCCGGUUGGCAGACUGGUUCCACCGUCUUGUGUAGAUAGCCCAGUCAACGGGGCAGUCCGGUCGGCAAGGAUGGCUCUUUGUCUUAUAAGAAGGUCAUGGACGUCUGACUGCAGCUCGCGAGAGCCGUUUCGUUUCUUGAAAGGUCCAGAGCCAUUCAAGUUGAAGGAUGGAAAGUGCU